AUGAACUAUGAAUUAAUCUAUCAUCGAUUACAACUGCUCUACGAUCAACCACCUCGAUCUUAUGAUAAAUUAGAAUUUCAAUUACUAUCCAAGGAUCUCUAUGAAAAAUUAUUACAACGAACUAAAACACAACUCAUGUCAUUACGUUUACUAUGUCUACAAACAAAUAUCUAUCAAUAUGAAACAAAAUUAAAAUUAGAAAAAAAAGAAAUAACAAAUGAAAUAUUAUUUCAUAUCAUUGAUCAACGUAUCGAAUUAAUACGUGAACAAAUGAAAUUAAAAUUAGAUUUUCAUACAAAUUAUAAUCUUCGUGGUCUAUUUCAUCAUCAUCAUCGUGAUGAUAAUCGUAUUGGUUUUAUUAAUAAUUUAGAAAUAGAUUCCAUAAGAAUGAAAAAUUAUUUUAAUAAAAAACAAUUAAAAUUAUUAUAUCGUGGUCCAUCUUAUGUAGCACCAUGUCAAUUACAAUUUCUUGAAAAACAAUAUCAACCAUUACAACAACAAUUAUUAGUUGAUCUAGUGAAAAAAUAUCCAAAUGAUAAAAAAUUAUUUCAUAUCAUUGAAGAGAAAACAAAAGAAGAAUUUUUCAAAUUAUUUUCUUUAUCUAAUGGAAAAAUACCAUCAACAACUUUAGAACGUUCAUAUAAUGAACAAGAACUUAUUGGAACCAUACAACAAUGUCUUCAUGAACAUAAUCUUAUUCUACGGAGAACAACUCAUCAUACCAAUCAAUUCUAUUUAAUAGAUCAAGCUAGAUUUUAUGAACGAUGUCAACAAUAUAUGAAACAACAUCAAGAUGAUUAUGAACUUGUAUCUUCUAUCUCAAAUAUGGAGACAAUAGUUAAUCAACAUAUUCAAAAAAUUAAUAUGGCAUUAAACUUUUUAAAUAAAGAUAUUUAUCAACAACUCGUUCUUCAACGUAAUGAUAUUCAAUUAAAGAAUGUUUAUUUUUUAUUUGAUAGAUCCUAUGUCAAACCAAUCUUUUCAAUGGAAUCAAAUGUAACAUGGAAAUUAUCAACUUAUCUCGAUAAUCUACUUCGACCAACAAUUGAAGAUAUAUUAAAAGAUACUUUUGUCGAUCAAGAUUUUGAUUUUAUUCAACGUCUUCAACAACCAAAAUGUUCUUCGAAACUUCAACAAACAACUUUAUUGGUACGAAUAAAAAUUCAAAAUUUUUUUAAUAUGUUUACAUAUCAAUCUACUGUGAAUCGAAUUAUAUAUUUAUUAGUGAAACAUUGUAAAAAUCAACCGAUCAAUGGUGUGUCAAUGAUUGCUAUUGAAACUUUACUAGAAUUAUAUUUAAAAUAUACAUUAUUUAUCUAUCAAGAUCAUAUUUAUAGUUUCAAUCGUGGUAUGUCAAAUCAAACACAUUUUAAUACAUUAUUAUCUAGUUUAUGUUUAUAUUAUUGGAUAACAAAAAAAUUUAAUAAUAAUGAAUUUAUUCUUCAAUAUGCAGAUGAAUUAUUUUUUACAUGGAAUCAAUCGAAAGAUAAUCUUAAUACAUUUCUUGAUACAUUAAAAGAAUUCUUCUAUGGUGAUUAUAUCGAUUUGAAGAUUGAAUAUGGUCAAAAAAUUACUAUUCAAAAUAUUUAUUUGGAAAAUUAUCAUGGUCAAUUCUAUACAGCAAUAAAAUCAACAUCAAUGAUAUUACCUUAUGUGACAGGUUAUCCAAAAGUAAAAUAUCAAAAAUGGUUUCGUUCAACAUUAAUUCGUCUAAUACAAUUGUGUACAAAUUAUCAAGAUUUUACUCGCCAACGAAUCAAUAUGGAAAUUUGUUGUUUAACAUCAGGUUAUUCUCAUGAAUUUAUUGAAAAUGAAUUACAAAAUUUUAAUCGUUAUUUUAAUGUGAAUAUCUAUCAAAUUCAAACGAACGAACUUAUUUAUCAACAACUUCGUUCACAUUUAUUAAAAUUUCCAUCACGAAAAUCUUCAAAUUCAAUCAUCCAGUUUACAUAUUUGUAUGAUUAUGGACCUUAUCAUGAAUUUAAAAAUACGUUUUCUCAUAUUUGGUCAACAUAUACGAAUUCACAUCCAAUAUUAUCAUUAAAACAAUUUAAAAUACUUUUUAAUGUUCAACAUUCAUUUUCAUUAAAUAAUCUCUUAGUUCAAAAUAAAAUUUGA